AUGGUAGCGUUUUUUGGCGUUGGCAGCAGUAAUCGAGUUGAACUAACCAGUGAUUUUGUAUUAUAUCUACUUGGGGAUGGCAGACAACUGUUGAUGGAAUUCCGACUGCGCCGUCUCCAAUACCACCACCGCCUGCACGACGGCACCUUGCAAAAGUGGUUCAAAGACCCUCGGAAACCAAUAGAAGAAUUUGGAGACAGGUACCAUUCAAUCAAAAAGAACAUGUCUACUUGUCACGGGCUCCUCCAUUUGCAAUUAGAAGGCCUUUCGAAUAUUUCAAUGACUACUUUGAUGACGAGUUUUUUCAACAGUCUGUUAUGUGUAGUAACAAUCAAAGUGAUCAAAGGUAAGCCUCGACCUCAAGAUCUACAGAUAUUCGUGGCCACAGCUCGUGAAGGUCUCAUGAUAGACUUUAAAGUCUACAGAGGUGUCAACACUCCGUUCAGCUACAGAGCUUUGGGGGUUUGGGCAUCAGUAAUCUUACACCUCUCCAAAUCGAUUCCAAGAGGGAGCUGUAUUUACUUUGAUCGCUACUUCUGGUCGAUACUUUUGCUUGAAAAGUUGACAUGUCCAAUGGUGUUCAAUGCUAAUGAUGUACCGAAUACCAAAACCAAACCUGACCUUGAAAUGCAACGUGGUGAACCACAGCAGUUCGUCUGCGACGAUGUCGUCGUAAUCAAAUUGAUGAACAACAAGGCCGUGUUAGUCGCAUCAAAUUGCACAUCUGCAAACGAAACAACUUUUGUAGAGCGCUGGCAUGAAAAUACGUUAGGAUACUUCUCCGCACCAAAAACAAUCGCGAACUACAACAGGAACAUGGGCGGUGUAGACAUCCUUGACCAAUCAAUGGACUAUUACCGUACCUUCAUGAUGACAAGAAAAUGA